UCUCAAUAUAAGCCGUCAGAAUGAUUGCUGUACUAUCCAGAUGUACAUACUGUCUGUAUAUUCACUCUGAGUAGGAUGGAUGUCUUUAAUGCCUUGUCAAUAACUCAGAUGGAAAUUACAAGUUAAAUAACAGUGAUGAGCACAUAUGAAGUGACGAAUUACGUCUCCUCACAUAUUGAGUUGAGAUAAUGCCUCUGACCACAAACAUGAUAGAGUUUCAGGAUAGGCUAAAUACGAUUCACUAUCUCCGACCGUGCAUGCGCUUUUGAAACGACGCAGUUUCUUAAAUCCAUUUAAUGUGGGGAGUGUUUAAAAGGAAGGCUAAAAUAGUUUGCCUUCAGUGGAGAGGACCGUGUGUACUGUAUAUGGUUGCACGUUAGACCAAACACAAGGGGGAGAAGUGUCGAUGUAUUCAAUUUAGCACUUUAAGAUUUCAGUGUGAUUCGUAUUGUGCAAUCUCAUUGGAGGGAGAGAAAGGCGAAUGAGGGGAAAAAAACGCUCUCUGGUUUGCGCUGGGGUCCCCCGGCGCAUGCAAUCUCAGCCCCCCUCAAGGGUGCUAUUUUGCAGGCACGGACGCUCGCGAUUGGUCAGCCCUCGGUCAGAUGGUACGAUUUCCCUCUGUCCCGCACUGGCACAUAGCCACCCAGCGCCCCCCACCCCCCUCCCUCAACUAAAACCCAAUCUCCGAUAAACUACUGAUAGCUAAACCACUUGGACUAUAAAACACAACAAAUCAUAAACCAAGGAAAAGAGCCCGUGCCCUCCCAAUGAGUUCCUAUUUUGUAAACUCAACUUUCCCAGUGACUCUGCCCGGAGGACAGGAGUCUUUCUUGGGACAGAUACCGUUAUAUUCCUCCGGAUACACAGAUUCUUUAAGACACUAUCCCGGUGCUGCCUAUGGAGCUACCAGCGUUCAAGACAAGGCGUACCCGUCUUCUUACUACCAGCAAGCAAACGGUGCCUACGGUCGGGCUGCUGCUGCCGCCGGUGCAUGCGACUACGCAGCAGCCAGCUUUUACAGGGAAAAGGACCCUUCGUGCGCUCUCGCCAGCAUAGAGGAACACUCGCUCGUGCUGAGCCAAGACCAUCGCAAGACGGACUGCACGGGGCAGAAUAAAAGCUUGUUCGGCGACAGUGACGAUCAGAAGCCUUCGACGCCCGUCUAUCCAUGGAUGCAAAGGAUGAACGCGUGUAACGGGACAUUCGGUAACCCCGGUCGCCGGGGUCGACAGACAUAUACCCGCUACCAGACGCUGGAGUUAGAGAAGGAGUUCCACUUUAACAGGUACCUGACCCGGAGACGCCGCAUCGAGAUCGCGCACGCACUGUGCCUAACAGAACGCCAGAUCAAAAUCUGGUUCCAAAACCGACGGAUGAAGUGGAAAAAGGAGAAUAAACUGAUAAACUCCUCUCAAACCAAUGGGGAGGAGGAAGAGAAGGGGACGGAGUAAAGAAAGAAAAAUGGAAUAAUGUUGUAAGAAAGGAAAGAGAAUGCAUAAAGGCAUUCUUAAUUUUAAGACAUGAGGAUUCACCUCCUUCAUAUGUCCAAAGUUUCCAAUGGUGAAGUUGUAUUUGGUAAAUUUGAUGUAGCAUUCCAGAAGUUCACUUCACUUUUUAUUUUUGUUACUGUUAAUGUCUGUUAAUGUUUUUUUGUUAUCAUAAUUCGGGUACCCGAAUGGCAGUGUUUUUGUGAGCUCGUCUCUUGAUUUAGGACGUGGUCUUAUAAUGUUAACGACCAUGUAACGAACUAUUUGAAGUAUCUAUGUCAUAUCUGUAUUCAUAUUUAAAAUGUAUAGAAAUAACGGGAAAUUCUCCUUGAAUGGUGAAUUAUUGUCUUUCGUUUGUAAGCUAAUGCCCAGACUUAGCUCUUUCGUUGAAUUGUUUUAAGUUUGAAAGGGAAAUACUGAUCUACUGACAACUCAAAACUACCUAGACUGGGUCAAAAGUUUAUAUUUUAUGGAUUUUAUAAGUGGUUUAUGUUUGUGGUUUGUCACAAAUUCGUAUCUGCUUACAAACUCAUUCAAUAAAAUG